AGAUAAUUCGUCUUUGAGUUGAAUGAGUGGAGAGUGGACAUGACCUGAAAGACAAGAAAUUAAUAGCUAGCAUAUAUCAGGUGCUUUUUGGAAACAUUUUAGCUUACAGUCAUAACAAAGAUGCAACGAUGACUCAACCACAGCUAAAUGAGUUCAUUCCCCCUCCGGAGUGCCCUGUUUUUGAGCCCAGCUGGGAGGAAUUUGCCGACCCUUUUGCGUACAUCAACAAAAUACGACCCAUUGCAGAGAAAACUGGCAUCUGCAAAGUGCGCCCGCCACCGCAAUGGCAGCCACCAUUUGCCUGUGAUGUUGACCGACUGAAGUUUACACCAAGGAUACAAAGACUUAAUGAAUUGGAGGCUCAGACCAGAGUAAAGCUCAACUUCCUGGAUCAAAUUGCAAAGUUCUGGGAGCUUCAAGGAUGCACCCUGAAAAUCCCUCAUGUGGAGAGAAAGAUUUUGGAUCUUUACCAGCUGAAUAGGCUGGUGAAUGAGGAAGGCGGCUUCGAUGCUGUCUGCAGAGAGCGGCGCUGGACUAAGAUAUCCGUCAAGAUGGGCUUUGCUCCGGGCAAGGCUAUCGGCUCUCACCUGCGGGCCCACUAUGAGAGGAUCCUCUACCCAUACAACCUGUUCCAGACUGGAGACAAUCAGCCUAGAGCCACCCUGACCAAUGACACUAAAGAUAAGGAGUACACCCCUCACGACCUGCCGCAGCGGCAGUCUGUUCAGCCCCAGGAGACCUGCAGCAUCGCUCGCAGAGCCAAGCGCAUGAGAUCAGAAAGAGGUUGUGUUAAAACCGAACCAGGGGAAGUUUGUGAGAAUCGUCCUAAUCUCAGGAGGAGGAUGGGAACAUAUGCUGGCAAACACGAACCUGUGCGAAUGGCAGUCCCUGAGGUGAAACAGGAGCCCAUUAAAUAUGAGGAUCCAACAGUUUACGGAGAAACUGUAUUAGAUAAUAAACCUCCUUCAAGUAAAGUGGAUCAGUACAUGUGCAUGGUUUGUGGCAAUGAUACUGCUGAGGACCGGCUGCUGCUGUGUGACGGCUGCGAUGACAGCUAUCAUAUCUUCUGUCUGAUCCCCCCCCUCCACGACGUUCCCAAAGGAGACUGGCGAUGCCCCAAGUGCCUGGCUCAGGAAUGUGGCAAACCUCCUGUCGCUUUUGGCUUCGAGCAGGCCAGCAGGAGCUACACCCUCCAGUCUUUUGGAGACAUGGCAGAUUCCUUCAAGUCGGAUUAUUUCAACAUGCCAGUUCAUAUGGUUCCCACUGAGCUGGUGGAGAAGGAGUUCUGGCGUCUGGUCAGCACCAUCGAGGACGAUGUGACUGUGGAGUACGGUGCAGACAUCGCCUCCAAGGAGUUUGGGAGUGGUUUCCCUUUGACCACCAGCCAUUUCGAAGUCUCUCCUGAAGAUAAGCAUUACCUGAGCAGCGGUUGGAACCUGAACAACAUGCCGGUGCUGGAUUCCUCCGUGUUGACUCACAUUACAGCUGACAUCUGUGGCAUGAAGUUACCCUGGCUGUAUGUGGGCAUGUGCUUCUCCUCCUUCUGCUGGCACAUCGAGGACCACUGGAGCUACUCCAUAAACUACCUCCACUGGGGGGAGCCGAAGACGUGGUAUGGGGCUCCUGGUUACGCCGCAGAGCACCUGGAGUCGGUCAUGAAGAACCUGGCACCGGAGCUGUUUGAAUCGCAGCCCGACCUCCUUCACCAGCUGGUCACCAUCAUGAAUCCCAACACGCUGAUGAACAACGGCGUCCCGAUCUAUCGGACCAACCAGUGUGCAGGAGAGUUUGUCAUCACCUUCCCCAGAGCGUACCACAGUGGGUUCAACCAGGGCUUCAACUUCGCUGAAGCUGUUAACUUCUGCACCAUGGACUGGAUGCCCAUCGGCCGUGAGUGUGUGUCUCACUAUCGAGACCUGAGCAGGUACUGCGUCUUCUCGCACGACGAGAUGGUUUGUAACAUGGCCUGCAAAGCAGACACGAUGGAUGUGGAGCUGGCGUCGGCGGUGCAGAAGGAGAUGAUCGUGAUGGUCCGAGAGGAAGAACAACUAAGAGGGAAGAUUGACAAGAUGGGUGUGGUGCAGUCUCAACAGGUGGAUUAUGAAGUGCUCCCAGAUGAGGAGCGGCAGUGCUGCAAAUGUCGGACCACCUGCUUCCUGUCUGGCAUCACCUGUGCCUGCAGUCCUGGCAAGAUGGUCUGUCUGCACCACGCCCGGCACCUCUGCGGCUGUCCUCAUAGCAACAUGACACUCCAUUACAAGUUCAAACUGGAUGAGCUGUAUUCCAUGAAGGCCUCAGUGACGCAGCGUGCAGAGUCCUAUAAAGAGUGGCUCUGUUGUGUGCGGGAAAUCCUGGAGAACAAAGGAGAGAAGAAACGAGGUUUGGAAGAGCUUCAUGGCCUGGUGGAGCAGGCAGAAACGAAGGCGUUCCCACAGAUCAGCCUCGUGGAGCAGCUGCGCGUGGUCGCCUCAGAAGCUGAUAAAGUUGCUGCGAUGGCCCAACAGCUUCUUAAUGGAAAGAGGCAGACAAGGUAUCGUUCUGGAGGAGGAAGGUCUCAAAGCCAAAAUGAAUUGACUGUUGAGGAGCUGAGGUCUUUUGUCCGACAGUUCGACAGCCUGCCCUGCAGCAUCCGACAGGCUCCUUUACUGAAGGACCUGUUGACCCGGGUGGAUGACUUCCAGCAGCGCAGCGAGUGUCUCCUCUCUGAUGAGUCUCCCAGUCCGGCGGAGCUGCAGGACCUGCUGGACGUGAGCCUGGGCCUGGACGUGGAGCUGCCUCAGCUUCCCCUCCUCAGGGAGAGACUGGAGCAGGCCCGCUGGCUGGAGGCCGUGCAGACAGCCAGCAGCCGGCCAGAAAGCCUCUGCCUGGACACCAUGAGGAGGCUGAUCGACCAGGGUGUGGGCUUGGCACCUCACAGCUCUGUGGAGAGAGCCAUGGCUCGUCUGCAGGAGCUGCUCACUGUGUCGGAGCAGUGGGAGGAGCGGGUGCUCAGCCUCAUGGAAGCCAGACCGUGUCACAGCUUGGAAACGCUCGAGGAUGCCCUUCAAGAAGUAGAAAACAUCCCUGCAUAUCUGCCCAACUGUCUGCAGCUGAAGGACGUCGUCACCAAGGCCAAGAAAUGGCUUCAUGAAGCUGAAGCACUCCAGCUCGGGGGUCGUAUUCCUGUGGUGGACAGCCUCUCUGAGCUGCUUCUCCGAGCAGAGGGCAUCCCAGCGAGGCUCAACCCGCUGAGUCGGCUGGAGGCCCUCGUCACUGAUGUUCAGACCUGGAAGGAGAGCGCAGCCAAGACAUUCCUACUGAAAAACUCACCUUUCUCUCUCCUGGAGGUGCUCUGUCCGAGGUGUGAUGUAGGAACCGUACAUCAAAAGUCGAGGACUAAAAAAGUAGCUAAGGAAGCUGCACCGAUCAGUAAGAAAUCGUCAACAAAACUGGAGUCCCUGUGUGACGUGGAGAGAGCGCUCUCUGAGAGCAAGGACUCUGCCUCUGCUAUGGCCACUCUUGCUGAUGUUCGCCAGAGGGAGAUGGAGAUCCUGUUGUCUCUGCGUACUUCCAAUGAGUUCAAGUUCGUUCCUGCUGAAAACUGUAGUGCACUUAGUGUUUGCGUUUGCCAAAAGGCCCCUUCAGGAGCCAUGAUGCAGUGUGAGCUCUGUCGAGAAGUUUUCCACUGCGACUGCGUAUCAACAUCCCCCGACCUCGAGUUCGGCCAGGCCUGGCUCUGCCCGCUAUGCCAGCGGUCGAGGAAACCGCCUCUGGACAAAGUGCUGCCGCUGCUGGCCUCACUGCAGAGGAUCCGGGUUCGGCUGCCGGAAGGGGACGCCCUGCGCUUCCUCAUCGAGAGGACGGUGCGAUGGCAGCACAAAGUUCAGCAGGCCUGCACAGAGGGAGCGCUGGAGAAAGUGUCCAAGACGGGGAGAGCUGGACCUGCAGUAUCUUCACAUCUGACUCAGGAAAUAAACGGUUCAUUUCUCCACACGGAUCAUCAAUCUGUUCCACUCCAGGGUCUCGGUCCGGAACUGGAGGAGCUGAUGGUGGAGGGAUUCCUGCUACAGGUCACUCUCCCUGAAACCGAGCAGCUGUACAGAUACCUGCUGUACAAACUGGCCCCCCCGCCCUCACACAGCCCCCCCUGUGGGACCAACACAGAACCGGACCAACCUCCUCAGAAAGGGAGCCCCCAACACAACAAGAAUGGAGUUCCCAGUGUAAAAAAGGAGUUGCUGAACAGUCAGAGCAAAAGGACCAAGCGACGUAAGGACAGCUCCGACUCGCAGCACAGCGAGAAGGCCAAGAAGUUCCGCAAAAAGAAAUCCAAGAAGAGCAAAGAGAGGAGCGAAGACACCACGCGGACGUGCUCUCCCACACACACCAUGUCCGACCACGCUAAUUCAGACUCGGAGGAGGACUUCUCACUGUGUGCUGCACCAUGGUGCAGAGAGCCAGAGGGGGAUGAGGUAAACUGGGUCCAGUGUGACGGCAGCUGCAAUCAGUGGUUCCACCAGGUUUGUGUUGGAGUUUCUGCUGAGCGAGCAGAGAAAGAGGACUAUGUUUGCAUAAGCUGCACACAGCCAGAGUACGACAGAGGGAAAUGAAGACCAAAAAGUGACUUUGAAGGAUCAGCAGUUUUUGUUGCAAGCCACAGCACUUAACGUUCACACCUGGACUCUGUGUGCUCCUGUUGCUUCUCCCCUUUACCUUCUGGCUUGCCCUUAAUGAACUUAGUGAACCUGGUGCUAUUUACUGUUUUUAAUUUUCUCCAGAGUUACAAAAGACUUCUGUCACUGUUUUUCUUCACAUGGCUGAUUUUUCAGCCAAUCAACUAAUCCUUUCUGAAACUUUCCAAGACUCGAUGCAGAUGUACAAAACAGCAAAAUGUUUCAAAAGCGCAGGGAUUUUUCAACCAAAAACAAAAUGACAAUUUGACGUCACAUUUUAGAACUGCUUUUUUAUUUUACAUACAUCUGAACAAUGUGAAACGUAUUUUUCUCUUGUAGAGUAAAUAUUAUUUAUCCAAGCAAUAACUGAACUGAUGAAUUGAGGUUUGGUUUUCACCAGAGAUAUAUUUGUGCUCAGAAAUUCUUCGAGAGAAUCCCUUCUUGAAGCGAAAACCCUGAAGAAUUCACUUUACGAAUCCUAUGAUACUACACAGGUAACAACGGAACUUGAAAUCAGAAACUUGAGCAUCUGUUUGUCCGAGAUUGUAUAUCUAAUACUUUCCAAAGUAAGCACCUAACUAUUUGCCCAUAUCCCUUAAUAAGUCAUUGACAAGAAUAUAAAGUCUGGUUCCGUAUUGCGCUGUCUGCAGAGGGAAACAAGAAUCUUGGCGCCGGGUGAGCCUGCGAUUAUGUUCACAAAUUAAUAAUGAACUGUCCGACAUCAAAGGAAUGUACAUUUUAUUUUAGGGUGGUUUUUCCCUUUAUGGUUUAGAUGAAAAUAUUGUGUUGGACUUAGAUUUAACACACUGUGUGAUUAAUUGCCACGGGUAUAUGACCUUUUUCUGCUCCUUUCGGUAAAUAAUAUAAUUCAUAUGUUGCAGUUUGCAUUAUAAAAUAAAUAAAAAUAUUUGUUCCCAAA